UUCUUCUCUCCAAUAAGUGUCCGGCAUCAGAUGCGAAAUUCACGUGUGUGUUUUUUAGAUAUGGUCUUGCAAAGGGGGGUCCCGUGUCUUUUACGAUAAAGAACCGUCACCACCACUAUCCCACUGCCGCUACAUACAUAGGUCCAGUUUUUAGUACUUCAGCUCCUGGUGGUGACGCUCCUAUAUGAGUGAUAUUUCUUUUUUCAAGCAGGGAGUAAACCAACAAGCAAAACUACUAACGUAAUAUAUUUUCGUAUCUGCUGUGUUUAAUCGAUUCAAGGGAAAAGUGAAGGAGCAUUACACCAUCGAUAAUCUAACUUAGUGAUAAGGUAUCUGCACCAUGUGCAAUUUAGUCUCGUCGAACAUUAAGUACUUGGAAAAUAAAGUGACUUGAAGAAGAAUGGAAGCUUCAUCGCAUCCAGAUUUAUUUAUUAGGCACGGCGGGAUGUGGCUCUUUCUCAUUUUAGGUUUAUUCAUUUCAGCGAAUGGUAUUGACACAUUGCAAAAGGACGGGUAUAUUGUAAAUAACACUUUGUGGACUAAGACUGAGUAUAUGUGCUGUAAUAAAGACUCUCUCAACAUAAGUAAUCUUUUUGUGGGACAAAGUCUGAUCGAAUCUCCAUUUCUCUCAGCAUCAGUCUCAGUAGAAAACAGCUCAAAUAUUGAUCCCCGGAACUUUGCUACCUCCUGUUUAGCAUGCCUGGAGGAUCUCACGGUUCAAACCCAGGGAGGUAGUAGGUCCUCGCCACCUAGUAGGGUGAACACGGAGUACUGUAAUAUUACCAGCGCCAAGCACGAGAGUUUAAAUUUGACACUAGGGCUGGAAAAUGGGCCUGUGCCCUUAGUUGUUAAUAACAGAAGUGGACUAUGGCUGGGCGGAUGUGUGUUUUUAUCUGCUGAUAGAUAUUUAGAUAUCGACAACUGCACAUCUAGAAAGCCAGUCGUCUGCCAGAGCUUAGAAGGAAAACAUAUUAUAGAAGAAAAUGUAACGUGGUUGGAAGGCAUUGUUACUUGUCAAAAUAAGAGCAUGCCCAGCACUAAACGAGAACAACUAAAUGCCUUGAAUGUUACGGGGGUCUGGCUUAACCUUUACCUUCGUCCGAUUCAGAGUCAGCAAGAAGGUUGCAUCAAGUACUCCCCAGACCUCCUCUGUGCACAACUAACAGAGAACUCCACCAUGCAUACCCUGAAUUGUUCGCAUAUCUUACCGGAGAACUGCACAGAUUAUAGAAAUGAAAGAUCGACUGCUACAUCUCAGAUCACAAACUCUAGCGUCACAACAUUACCAUCAGCUACAAGUCAAAGCUCACCAGAAUUCUCAGAGUCAACAACACAAACCAUAGUAACCACAGCAGGUCCAUCUCUAACUUGGUCUGAAGCUCAUCAAUACUGCUGCAACUCUUCACAGACCCUGCUAUCAGCAACAGACGACACUUAUCAGAAUCAUGUUAAUGCAUCGAUUAAUGGAGAUUUUGAUAACGUUUGGCUAAAUGAAAUUUAUCAUAUCGGGCCUUGGAUAUUAUUGCAAUAUGUGAGAUUUAAGCCAGAUGGUAUGAUUGCAAAUAAAAUGACUGAUGCUCACUCCGAAAUACUCAGACAAGUAUAUCGAUGUUCGUAUGCAUGUGAAAAUAAUAUUUAUUUUCGCAUACAUCUUGAUAUGAAGAAUACGGAAUGUAAAUGUAACGAUUAUUUGCCGGAACCUGUGACCCUGCCUGAUUAUUCAGUCGUUGGACGAAACAUAAAUCAGAUCAUUACAAGCAUUGGAGGAUUGGACGAACAGCUAACCAAAACUGAAGGGGAAAUCUGUAUGAUCGCAUCCCUGAAUACAACAGUUCGACCAAUCACCUACACAAUAAGUACUCAAUUAUGUAAUGAAACUUCCUCCAUAUUGUGCCAGAAAAUAAACGGGACAGAGAUAGAAUAUUACUUUUCUGAAGACGCUGAUACCUUUAUAAACGGUGUUUUUUUCUGUGAGAAUAAAUCAGGGGUUCUUUUUUCACCUGUGAAUUUUCAAUCACAUGCUCUGGAAAAAUUAUCUCAAAUCGAGAAAACUGCAAUGCCAGUGUGGACAGGAAUUGUAAAAAGAAAUAAAUGGAUUAAAUCUAAUUGUGAUAUGAACUAUUAUCCGGAUAAGUGCAAAGUUCUAUCAGCGAAUGGGACAGAGGGGAAAAUGGAUUGUGAACAAAGUCAUGUCGCAAUUUGUCUCGCAGAGAAAACAACAAUUUUACCAACAACAGUGGAAACCACCCAGUAUAUAACAACAGAGCACAUGACGACUGCCACGACAAAUUCCAUCCAAACAAGCACUAAUGAAAAUGAAGAUAGAACCACGCAAAGAGGCAUUGCAACUGGUUCAUUCCUGAAUUCAACCGCAGUUUCGGAUAUGCCAACAACACAUACCCUGUUUGAGGUAUCGACUGAAUUUACAAUAACAGAGCAUAUGACAACCACCGAGGACCCGAAUAAAAAAACAUGGUCUGACUGGCUACGUACGUGCUGUAACUCUUCUGAAAACUUGUAUUACAAUGGAAUAGAAACAGAAAACAACAAUUUUAAUUUGACUUCAGAGAUGAAUGUUCAACAUUAUGAUGAAAUCUACAUCAAUAGUAGGUUAGGUAUUGGAGACUGGAUAUUGUUUGUGGGGACCUAUAGGACAAAUGCUACGUUAAUUACAUUGUCCGCCGAUACUGAUAUAUAUGGUUGUGCAUUACUUUGUAAACAAUGCUGGUAUUUCGGAAUAAGGAAUAACAGUUGUAUAAAUAUCACUAGUAUGUUAUACCUUGAUGAUGCUAAUGGUGAUGGGGAUAUGACAGAAGUUUAUUCAACUAGGGGUAUUGACGUAAUAGAGUCGGGUGUACCGUCUGUUGGCGUGGGCUGUGUACAGAUAAAUUUAACCACAAAAGUAUUUCCUGUCGUGUAUACAUUCAAUGCGAAAGACUGUAACAAUUCAGCACCAGCAUUGUGUCAAAGAGAGAAUGAAUUUACCUACCUUACUAGCUCGGAACCUUUGGAUUUCGAAACUUCUGAAGUAUUUUGUAAGAACAAUAGUGCAAAGCUAGGCUUCUCCUUCUCCAGUUAUCAUAUCUACAAAAGUGGGAUAAAAACUGGAAUAUACUGGAUAACAGUUACAAGAAGAAAUGAUUUAUAUAAAACAGAUUGUGGAAACAUAAACACUGGUGGAUACUGCAGGAAAAUGUUACUGAGUGGUGAAGUUGUCACAACAAGUUGUUCAGACAGGACAUCCUCUAUAUGUGUGAAAGAAAAAACUGCGACGACGACCACCACCACCACAACAAGUACAACCACCACCACGAGUACCACUUCCACCACCACCACUACUCACAGUCCUGACACCACACUAACUACUGCAACAACAACUACAACUGUCAUGACGACAACAGCACGUCCCAGGGUGGAAUACGACCACGAGGUUAUGCCCGGUCUUAACAACAUACAAGCUGCUCAUCAGUGUGAAGGAAUGUCUGGAAAUUUGUGGAGAUUUGAUUUGAUAGAUAUGGAAAUUACGAAUGCGUCACAUAUUCUCGACAUGAAGGAUUUGAAUGAAACAUGGACCGUCUAUGGGUUAUAUGCCAGUCCCUGGAUAGUGUCUAUAGGAUUGAUGUCCGAAAAUGAAAAUAUUACAACACCGUCAGAGAGAAAGCACCACUGUUCUUCAUAUUGCCAGAGCUUUUCCAGUUUUACAUCACUGACAAAUUUAUGUGAUUGUUUUUGGAACAAAUCCGAUAUGGUGCCUCAUAUCAACUCCACAGUCAUGUAUGAUACCAUGAGGGAUUUUGAUUUGGAAGCAGAUCAACCGACAGAGGACGGCAAGCAAUGUGUAAUUGCCAGGUUGAAUUUGAAGAUAUUUCCCGUAACUUACACCCUGCAGCAAACAACAUGCGAGGACACCCAGUUGACACUGUGUCAGGUUAUUCAAGACAAAAACAUCACCUACCAUAACCUUGGAAAGCAAACGUACUUUGAAGCCGAAAAAGCGUGCUUUAAACGCUCUAAGACAGUAUUCAACCCUUAUAACUUCAAUCCAGGCCUCCUGGUAAGGUUGUUCAAUGUAACACGGGAAGUAACUGUUUGGACAUCAAUAACCAGACAGUUCUACUGGCGGAGACACUCAGAGGAGUUCAAAACACUGUUCUGUUGGGUUCUUGGUGACAAUGGUACUCUGAAGAGCACAUCCUGUAAUAAUAAUAUAAAAUCCAUAUGUUUCAAAGUGAAAGGCGCUAGAAUUAGUUCAUCAGAAAUCAUCACUAUAACAGCCACCUCGAUCAACAGCGACACCAUCACCAACGGUCAUCCACAGUACACGACAAAAAAAACUUUCAACAAUAGUACCAUGAAAAGUACCACUCACCUUAUGAACUCCACAGCGAUGAAAUCAGAUUCAGAUACCAACGUAGCAUUAUAUGUUGGAGUGGGUGCUGCUGUCACCUUCAUCAUUGUCUUCACUACAGUUUGUCUAGUUUACAGGAAGCGGAGGAGCUCACGCAGAAAUAACAUGAACAGUGCGGAAAACGGAAUACUUCUAACUAAGAAUGUUGUCCAUUCAAACACAUCCGAUCUAGAGUCAGUAUCGAUUCCAGAGAAUUUCACCUCAGAAAACAAUUCACAGCACGAAACGGACGCCACUAGCAACUGCACCACGGAAACCAUGGACAAUACUUGUGGUAUGGAUACUUCCGAUCUAGUAUUAGUAUCGAAUCCAGAGUACUUCGCCUCAGAAAACAAUCCACAACACGAAACGGACGCCACUAGGAACAGCAGCACAGAAAGCAUGGAUAAUACUUGUGACACGGAUACUUCACAAAGUCAAAGUGAACAACCGAUAUAUAGUCAAGUGAACAAAAAACCUGUUGAUUAUAAUGAUGAUAGUAUGCUUAAAAGGGGGACAAGGUUUAAUGCUAAUACUUUUCAAACCGAAAAACGUCUUAGCAAAUUAUUUAAUAACAAUUAGGCUUUCUAGAUAGACAUUUAUGAAUUUAUAUUUUUUAUUUAUUAAAUGCCAUCUGUUUCUGUACCAUCUGUGAUGAACUGAAUAUUAUGAACAUAUGUACCUCAUCCCAUUGAUCUGCAUUAAGAGUGCAAAAUUGUUUUAUUUUGGUCGCAUUUCGCUAAAGGAUUCACCAAUUGUUAUACGCCCGUAUUAUGUUAUGGCGCUGUCCGUGCGUCUGUCCGGCAGGCUGGCUGUCCGUCCGUCCGAGGUCAUGUUUUCAAGACAUUUUUCCAUAACAGAUGCAUGUACGACUUUGCAAUUUGGUCACAAUUUCUCCCUCAAGAUAUAUAAGAGUGAGUUUGCACUUUAGCUGGAUUGGUCCAUCCUUGACCUACUUUAAGGCUAGUGGGUCAAACAGUUUUCCAGACUUUUUUUCGUUACAGAUACAGAUAUUGCCCUGAAAUUUACACUUAAAGGUCAAGUACGGUGAUUUUCCUAAAACUUGAGUUUUAUACAUAAAAAUGUCUGUCGUACACUUAUGGAUGAAUUUCCAUGGCAAUUUUGAUAAAAGUCACUUGGCGUGAAUUACACGGCACUAUCAAACUUUUACCUGAGCGAUCGAUAAAUGUGUUGUGACGUGAGUUAUCGCUCGUAGCUUAUGACGUCAUCUGAGACAACUUUCGAUUGCAUUGGUAGGCUUUUAUAGUGUUUACAUAGAAAAGUCCUGUAUUUAUGGUACAAUGCGCUGCUUUGAACUGCAAUGUGAAAUCGGGACAGGGAUUAAGUAUGUUUCUUUUCCCAAAAGAUCCUAAAUUUCGAAGAAUUUGGACACUGAAAAGAGACACUGAGAUUUGUGACGAUUAAGCCACGAGGAUCAGUGAGCGACACUUUUUAAUUAACGAGGAUCAGGUUCCCAUCAGCCCUGACGCAUCAUCCUGUUUGACUCCAAACAAAGUGCAAAGUGAUAUUACCUGGGCAUCCUACAAAACAAGUUGAGGGAUGUAUUUCAAUUAUAAAAAGUUCAACCCAAAAAGGGGGAUGCAAUCCAUCCAUCUCUACAUCCACCACUGAAUUGGUUUUAAUGCGACACUGUAUUCAUUGGGUUUGUGAUUGCACAUAAAAAUUAAUGUCACCCAUUACCUAGUUCGAAUAUUGUCGUACUCGUACUAUAUUUAUAAGGGACUCAUCAUUUCAUUUCUUCACUAUAUAAAUUUUGAAAAAAUAAAGUAUAGUAAAAAUGGAAAUGAAUUCAAUUUAAACUACCCAUUUUGAUAAAACCUUAUUUAUUGCGAGGUCAGUCCAAUAUUUCCAAAGCUUUUUUUUUUUUCAUUUGACGUGUGUUGUGAAGAAAUUACAUGUACUAAUAGGCCUAAUUUACAUUUUAUGAUAUUGUAUCUACAUGUAGAUGUUUUUUAAAAAAAAAAGGGGGGGGUACAAAUAACGCUGUGCACAAUAAGUUUUUUUCUUUUGUCUUUUGUUGCUCUUUUUUCAAAAAGGCAUUUUUCAAUUAAAUAUAUAUCUAGCUAAACACAUUUGAAUCUGAAUCUGAUCAAUCUCAUACUAGUAAAUCGCAUAAAAAAUACAAACGUGAGAGUCAAUCUAGUUAAAAUCAGAUCCUAAAAUACGCUCACAAUCGCUACUAUUGAGUAUACGGCGAGUAUCUAUGAAGUCUGAUUUUGAUUAGCCUAGAUUGUGUAAAAUACAAAGGUUAUCUUUUGAUAGAACAUUUUUUUCCAAUAUCAUUCCCAUUUUCUAUGGACUUGCCCGGUAAAUAAUUUCUAAAUGAGAUUCCGAUGAGAUAUUUGUCGAACAUAUACAUGUAUAUAUCAUAUAAAUAUUACUACCUGAUGGUUUCGAAACGCCGGGUGCAGGUACAAACAUAAAAGGUUGAAUCCCUAAACUCAAGUGUAUCUACGGUAUUUCACCGUCACUAUCCACGGUGUUGCUAAAACUGGCAAUUUCUCACAGAAAUUAAAACGAUGAUAUACAGGCGUAAACAACUACAAUUGUCUCAAAUGACGUAAUAAGAAAGGGCGACAAUUCCUUCAUUCGUUUCUAUAUAAACAACGAUUUUUGAAUAGGUAUUUUGCGCAUUUACCUGGAUUUAAAAAAAUAAUAAACACAUCAAUAAACUUUUCAAAAGAGGUUUAAAUGAAUUAUAAACUUUAUUUUCAAAUCUAUUUUUAUUACACUUGACCUUUAAGCUUCCUUUAAGAAGAAUACAAGUUCAGUUUGCAUUUCAGUCGAAUUGGGCGGUCCGUCCGUCCAUGACCUACAUUAGGACUAGAUGUAGGUCAAAAAGUUUACCAGGCUUUUUUUUUUAUUACUUAUACAGAUAUUGCCCUGUAUUUAGUCAAAGGUCUCCUUUUGGAGGAAUACAAGUUCAGUUUGCAUUUUAGCUGGAUUGGCCCGUCCUUGACCUACUUUUGGGUUAAAAAUAGGUCAAACAGUUUUCCUGGCUUUUUUUGUUCAUUAUGGAUACAUAUAUUGCCUUGAAAUUUGGUCACAGGCUUCAUCUUGGAGCAAUACAAGUUCACUUUGCAUUUCAGCUGGAUUGGUCUAUCCCUGGCCUACCUUUUGGCUAAAAAUAGGUCAGACAGUUUUCCGGGCUUUUUUCAUUAUGGAUAAAGAUAUUGCCCUGAUAUUUAGACAAAGAUUUCCUCUCGGAGGAAUACAAGUGCAUUUAGCAUGUCGGUUGGAUCGAUGCACUAUGACCUACGUUAGGGGUAGAAGUAGGUCAAACUGUUUUCCAAAUUUUUUUUCGGUAUGGUCACAGGUAUUGCUCUGAAAUUUUGUCACAACCUCCCUCUCAGAGAAAUACAUAAUCAGUUCACAUUUCAACGUAAUUGGUGCACCAUGACCUACUUUAGGGCUAAAAGUAGAUCAAAUGGUUUCCAGGACUUUUUAUCAUCAUAGAUAGAUAUUGCACCGACAUUUUGUCACUACCUGCCUCUCAGAGAAAUACAUAAUCAGUUCAUAUGUCAGAUGGAUUGGUGCACCAAUACCCGCUUUUCUAUUCAGAACGUGUGUUGUAUCAAUUCAGAGUGGAUAAUAUGCUUCCAGGUUGAAUUUGACUCUCCGACGGGCGUAUAUUGUACCGUUUGUUGAAUUUCACUGUCCGACGGGCAUAUAUUGUACCGUUUGUUGAAUUUCACUGUCCGACGGGCGUAUAUUGUACCGUUUGUUGAAUUUCACUGUCUGACGGGCGUAUAUUGUACCGUUUGCGGUACUCUUGUUCUGUAUGCAAUCCGGUUCCCUAUGUUGUUUUAAAAAGCUUUGCAUUUGUAUAGAAGCAUUUUUCACUGAAUCCCGUGGGGAUCCGAGUUAGAAUAGGUCCUCGCUACCCCUUGCUUGUUGUAAGAGGCGACUGAAUGGGGCGGUCUGCCGAUGAGACUGCAAAACCCGAGGCCCCGUGUCACAGCAGGUGUAGCACGAUAGAGAUCCCUCCCUGCUUAAAGGUCAUAAGCGCCGAGUAUAGGCCUAAAUUUUGCAGCCCUUCACGACAAUGAGUGAAAAUUUAUAAACAAUAUAUAACCAAUCUUUCACUGAUGCUUAGCUCACCUGAGCUUUUCUGAUUGAGUGUUUUUUCAUGUGCCGACAUGCAUAUACAUAGUAAAUAAAUUGUCCAUAGUUUCUUCAUAAUUCACUGUGAAAGUAUGGUGAGAAGCGAUAAUACAUAUGCUCUGGUACAUACCAAAACAUGUAGAACUAAAACCCUGUAUUUAUCUCUCCUUACCUGUGCAAUAUCUAGUUUGCAAUCACAAAAUGUCGUACUAUUUUCAAUUGCUUUCCAAAUAAAUAUUGUGCAUGAUCAUUUUUACAGAUCUCCCUUCCCUAGACAAAUCCUUACUUAUAAAUAAUAAUCGGGAAGAAACAAAUUUACAAAAACAUGUAUACGAAGGUUCAUUACGCUAAUAUCUUGGCGACAUAUUAGAACACAAAACUUAAGGUUUUUUUCUUUAAAAAGAUGCUUGGUUAUUAUGAUACAAAGCACAUUAUUUACUGGAAUGAAGUUACUCAUCAUUGUCCUCUACCAUAUGUGCAAUUUUUUCAAAACUUUUCACAAAAACUUGCCUAGUAUUGUCCAUGUUGUCUAUUUAUAUACCUUAUUUGUAUUAUUAUGACGUAGAAAAUAAACGCAAACAAUUUUUAUAUAAUCA